AUGGAAAUUCUCCGAAGCUGUAAUCAAUACAACAAUGAUGAUUAUGAUGAUGAUAUGGAAUUUGUUGGAAAAAAACGGAAAAGAAUGAUUCGUCAUAAUUUCGGUGCAUUUGAAAAAUACACCAAAGGUAUUGGUAUGAAACUAUUAAUGAAGAUGGGCUACGAGCAAUGUCGUGGUCUGGGAAAAACCUUGCAAGGUCGUGUUGAACCUAUUCAAGCGAUUCAACGUCAAGGUAAAGGUUCAAUUGGUCGAUAUGGAAAUGAAGACCCAAAUCGUGUUAUAGCUACUGAAGAACUUGAAAUUCAUGAAUUAACAGAAAAUUCGAAAAAACAUGUUGGUCCUACUGCUCUACAGUGGAGAAUACAACAACGAGAAAAAACACCGCAACAAGAAUAUGUUUGUAAAACUUUAAAUAAUGUUUUAAAAGAUCAAACAACAAAAUUUCAUAACAAAAACUCAAGUAAACAAAUGCAAGAAAAAAUUAUUGAUAUGACUGGACGUGAACAACGUAUUCUUCAAAAUUAUGAUUCAAUAAGAACAAAACAAUAUGAUAACGAACAAGUAUUUUCAUUAAAUGAAUUAACACAUAAUCUUGAUUUAGUUAUUGAAUCAUGUGAAGAAUCAAUGAUUCGUUCACAUCGACGACGAAAAUUUGAUGAAGAUACAACAGUUGCAUUAGAAUACGAUUCAAGUUAUUUACAAAAAAUUAUGUCGGACGAAGAAAAUAGUAUGAAUAGAAUAAAUAUUCUAUUAAAUAUGAUUAAUCAAUGCGAACAAUAUGUUAAUCAAGUUCAAAAUAUUUCGAAUUUAUUUUUUUUACAACAAAUAAGGUCCUGCUUUACAUUGUUAUUUAAAAGAACAUCUUCAAGUUGGAAUAUUUACGAUGAGGAUCAAGAAUUAAUCGAUUUAUUUUGGAAAUGGAAACAAAUACUUGACGAUGAAACUAUUGAUGUAACAAUAGAUAAUUCAAUUCAAUCAACAGAAAUUAUGAAUCCAUAUCAUCGACUUGUAUGGGAUGUUUGGAUGCCAUUUUUACGAAAAUCUAUUCGUGAAUGGAAUCCACGUGAACCCGAUGAUUUAAUUGAUUUUAUCGAACGAUGGAUACCAUAUUUACCACGACGGAUAAUUGAUAAUAUUCUUGAUCAACUUAUUUUUCCAAUGCUCCAUCGUGAAGUUGAUUCAUGGAAUCCAUUAACUGAUUCGAAACCUAUUCAUUCAUGGCUUCAUCCAUGGUUACCAUUAAUGAGAUAUCGUCUUAAGCCACUUUAUCAACCAAUACGUACAAAAUUAGCACAUGCUUUACAAAAUUGGCAACUAUCAGAUUCAUCAGCUAAAGCAGUUCUUCUUCCAUGGCAAAAAGUUUUUAAACAAGAAACAUGGAAUGCAUUUAUGAAUAAACAUGUUGUACCAAAAUUAGUUUCAACAAUGCAACAGUUUAUUAUUGAUCCGAGACAACAAAUUUUAGAUCCAUGGCAUUGGUUUAUUGCUUGGUAUGAUAUGGUGCCAUUACCAAGUAUGAUUCUAAUAUUAGAAAAAUGUUUUUUUUCCAAAAUGGCUACAAAAAUCCAACGAUGGUAUAUUGGUUGGCGUUCAUUAAUUCCACAAGCAAUUAUCAAUCAUACAACAAUUAGAAAAAUAUUAACAGAAGGUUUAAUGAUGAUUGAUCGAAAAAUAUCAGGAACGUUAAAUAUUCAACAAACAUUUCCAUCGCCAUCUCAAUCAUCAUCAAAUUCUAUUUCAUCAUUUAAAGAUUUGCUUGAAAAGAGAGCUAUGCAAUAUAAUGUACUGUUUGCACCACUACGAAAUAGAACAUUUCAAGAAAAACAAAUCUAUCAGUUUGGCGAUCAUUAUAUUUAUCUUGAUGAUAAUGUUAGAUUUUGUUUUGAAACUAAUCAAUAUGUCCCAAUAUCAUUAAUGGGUCUCAUAAAAAAGACUAUUGAUUUGUGA